AUGCCACAGCCCUUGAAUUACCAGUAUCCCCAGAUCUACUGGGUGGACAGCAAUGCCAGCUCUCCCUGGGGUAAUCCAGGGUCUGUUCUCCCCUGCCAACCUUCUGUGCCUAGAAGGCCUGGUCGAAGGGCACCACCACCACCACCACUUCCACCACCACUGCCACCUCCACUGCCACCACCAUUGCCUCCGUUUCCACCAUCACUUCUGAAGAAAAGGAACAACACAGGACUAUGCCUCCUUAUGGUGUUUUUCAUGGUUCUGGUAUCCCUGGUUGGCUUGAUGCUGGGGAUGUUUCAACUCUUUCACCUGCAGAAGGAGCUAGCUGAACUCAGAGAGUCAAUCAGUCAUAAACAUGUAGCAGUCUCUUUGGAGAAGCAAAUAGGGCAGCCCAACACUGCUUACGAAAAACGGCAGGUGAAGAAAAUCGCUCAUUUAACAGGAAAGCACAAUUCAAGGUCACUCCCUCUGGAAUGGGAAGACACCUAUGGACUUGCCUUACUUUCUGGAAUGAAGUAUAAGAAAGGUGGCAUUGUGAUCAAUGACACUGGAAUAUACUUUGUGUAUUCUAAAGUGUUUUUUCGGAACAAUUCCUGCAACGACCAAGCCUUAACCCACAAAGUCUACGUGAGGAGCUCUAAAUAUCCCGUGGACAUGGUGUUAAUGGAGGAGAAGGUGAAAAACUAUUGCACUACCAACAAGAUGUGGGCACGGAGCAGCUACCUGGGUGCUGUGUUCAGUCUUACCAGUGACGACCAUUUAUAUGUCAAUGUAUCUGCAAUUGCUCUAGUUAAUUUUGAGGAAACUCAGACAUUUUUUGGUUUAUUUAAGCUCUAA